AUGUUGAUGGUUUUAUUUGGUAUAUGUUUAUUGCUUACAGAUGGAAAUGCUCGUUUAGGCAGUAAAUGUCCAAGUGAACUGAGAAGACGAACAAGUGUGUUGGCAACAAGAUCUUCUCCAACAACAUCCGAUACUGGUAACAAAUUACCUGGUCAUAUAAAACCCAUUUACUACGAUAUCAUCCUCAAACCUUACAUUUACAACGGACAACCAUCAACAUUCACUUUUGAUGGAUACGUCAAAAUCAAAUUAAGAUGUAUGGAAACAAGUAUGAACAUUACAUUACAUGUGAACAAUUUAAUGAUCUCCAGAAAAACCAUGCAAAUCACAGAAUCAAACAAUGGUACCGCACCAACCAUAAUGGACGUUGUCUACGAUACCAAACGACAGUUGAUGAUCAUCAAAUUAGACGAUGCUGUGUACAAAGGAUUUGAUUAUUUCUUUUCGGUUAGAUACUCUGCUAAACUUUCAAACAACCUGUUUGGUUUCUAUUAUAGUAAAUAUGAAUAUGGAAACGAAACAAGAUAUAUGGCAUCAACCCAACUAGAGCCAGCUUUUGCCAGAUCAGUUUUUCCAUGUUUUGAUGAACCUGAAUACAAAGCUCACUUCAAUAUGACAGUCAUAAGAAGUACCAAUGUAACUGCUCUGUCCAACAUGCCUAUUGAACUACAAAUGGACGUAGGAGAUAAUCUUGUGUCUGACUUUUUCGAAUCAACACCGAUCAUGUCACCUCAUCUGCUGGCAGUGGUUGUUGGUGAGAAGGAAGGGAUUGAAGCUGUUACUCCUGAUAAUGUUACGUUUUCAGCAUGGAUUACAAGGGGAAGCGUAGACAAAGCUAAAUUUGCCCUGAUUGCAGGAAUGGCAAUAUCUAAUUACUUUGGAAGAUAUUUUGGUUUUAAAUAUCCACUGCCAAAACAAGAUAUCAUAGCUGUUCCUGAUUUUGAUGCACAGGGAAUGGAGAACUGGGGUUUGAUUAUAUGUUCUGAAGAUAUGCUUAUUAACCAUAGUAUUGCAUCUAGUGAAAUGCAACAACAUGUUGCCAUACUUAUUUCACAUGAACUAGCUCACCAGUGGUUUGGUAAUCUGGUCACUAUGAACUGGUGGACUGAUUUGUGGUUAAGUGAAGGUUUUGCUGAAUUCCUUGGAUGGAUUGGUACUAGUUAUCUUUUUCCAGAAUGGAAGAUGUUCGAUCAGUUUGUGCUUGACAUUGUACAUUCUGCUUUUGAGAUGGAUGGUUUAACUACGUCACAUCCGGUGAAUGUUCCAGUAUCUAAUGUUGAUCAAAUAAGUGACAUAUUUGAUGAUAUAUCGUAUAAAAAGGCAGCCUCUAUAAUAAGAAUGGUGAAUUUCUUUCUCGGAGAAAAUAUUUUCCGUCGUGGUUUACAGCGCUACCUUAAAGGACAUGCUUUUGGAACAGCAACACAUGAUGACCUAUGGUUAGCUUUAAAUGAGGAAGCUAAUUUAGAGGGUAAAAAUAUUAAUGUUAAAGAGAUAAUGGAUACGUGGACAUUACAAAUGAACUACCCAGUGGUUAAAAUCAAGAGACAAGAUACAUCUGGCUUUGUCAUCAGUCAAAGAAGGUUUUUAAAAGAUCCUUGUGUCAGAGAUUCUAGAAAAUAUUCUUCAGAUUUCAAGUACAGAUGGGAGAUCCCGUUUACCUUCACUACUAAGGAAGAGUUAUAUUUUAACCAAGAUCACAGUGAUAUAAUUUGGGUAACAAAGAAAAUACGAAAUAAACUGUUUCGAAUUAAAGCUGUCUAUGCUCAAAAAUCGAAUACAACUUCAUGUAAUUGGAUAUUGGGAAAUAUUCAACAAUAUGGUUUUUAUAGAGUAAAUUAUGAUACAGAAAAUUGGAAAUGUUUAUUAUUACAACUAGAAACAAAUCAUACUGUCAUCCCAGCAGUUCACAGAGCUCAAAUAAUCGAUGAUUCCUGGAGUUUAGCUUCAGCAGAUAUGUUGGAUCUGAAUAUUGCCCUCAUAUCAAUACAUUAUAUAAUCAGAGAGAUGGAGUACAUUCCUUAUAAAGUGGCACAGAAACAGUUCGAUUUUGUGGACAAUAUUCUGUACAAUACAGCUAUAAUAACAGCUUGGCAGGAUUAUAUAGUUUCUCAAAUCAAAUCGUCAUUUAAUGUUCUUACCAAAGAUAAUUCAGGAUCUUCCCAUGUACGAAAUCAUUGUUUAAGGGCUGCUGUCGUUCAACUUUUCAGAAUCAUAAUGCCAGGUUUUGGUAAAUCUACAAUUAAAGAAAAAAAUAUUGACAGAUUACUAAGAUCAUCAAUAGUAUCAACAGCAUGUAAAUAUGGUCUACAAGAAUGUAUCCUAACUUCAAAAUAUCUCUUUAAAAUGUGGAUGAAGGACCCUGAAAAUUACAGGAUUGAUCCAGAUUUAAAGUCUACCAUUUAUUGUACAGCAGUGAAACAUGGUAAAAUGAAAGAAUAUAAGUUUGCUUUUAAUCAGUAUAAAUCUUCCAAGUCAGAAUCAGAGAAAAAUCUGUUGUUAAAUGCUAUGGCUUGUACUAAAAGUCAAUGGUUAUUAGGAAGAUACUUAUCCGCGGCGUUGGAUAAUAGACAUAUACGCAAGUCGGAUACUUUGAAGGUUUUCAUGCAUAUCGCCUCCAUCUCAGCCAAUAGAAAUCUGGUAUGGGAAUUUAUUACCAAAAAUUGGGAUCAGAUUUUUAAAAAUUAUAAUGGAUCACCAAUGCUUGCUAAAACGAUAUCUACUGUAACAAAUGGCAUGAAAACAAUCCGGGAACUGGACGAUGUUGAAGAUUUUCUAUUUUCACAUCCUGAUUUAGGCAAUACCGAGACAGUCUUCCAUCAAGCCACAGAAAAAAUUCAGUUUAAUAUUCGAUGGAUACAUUAUCAUUAUGAAACACUUGAAAAAUAUUUAAAAGUGUUGAAAUUUCUGUAAGGAAAAAUAUGUAAAUAAAGAAAAAAAUGGUGAUUUUU